UCUGGCGUGGAAAGUUUUGCCGCCCAGGUCUUCCAUUUCCUGAUUUAUCGGAAGUUUCUCAGGGUUCCUUGCGAUACACACCAACAUUCAGAACUUCUGCUUCCAGAUCAAGCGUUACCAUGGCAACAACAAUGAUUGACAGUGAAGAACUGGAUCCGUGUCAGGAAGGUCCUGUGUUCUUCAGCUAUCAACAGGCUGACAUGACAACUCACACGGGUGAGAAACCCUCCAUGCAGAUACGUAUUAGUCAUCAGACGCCUAAUAACAUGCCCGCAGAAACUCUCACAGGUGAAAAACAUUACACUAGUAAGUUGCAAACUCACACUGGUGAGAAAGCCAACAUGGAAUUGUACACUGGAGAAAAAUGCUCCACACAGAUCCCGGUGGUUGUUCGUCCAUUCUCGACCAUGACCACUGAUGUCACGCCAGAUUCUGUGUGUCUGGCUGUGGCUCACCAGUCCUAUACGGGCUCUGAAGGCUCUGCCAUAGGUCAGGCACAGGUGGGUUGCAGGAUUCAGGGAUGUGAAGACGGCUCUGGACUCACGUUUCCUGCCAGCCCCUGCGAUCCUGGUUUGCUCAUACCGGUACCCACUGGUGAGAAACACUCCACACAGAUGCGCGUUGUUCAGAAGCCCAGCAUUGAAACUCAGGCUGGUGAGACACCCUACACGCAGAUUUCUGCAACACCCCAGAAUGUCAUUCUAGGUUACAAGUGUGGGAGAUGUGAAAAGCUCUUCAGUGAUCUGAGUCAGAUAAAGAGACACCUGAAGACCCACACUGGUGAGAAACCUUUCAGUUGUGAUGUAUGCAGCAAGCAGUUUAAAUGGCUGAGUCCCUUACAGGAACACAUGCGGACUCACACUGGGGAGAAACCCUACAAGUGUGAGGAGUGCGGCAAGCCGUAUAGUCACCUUAGUGUGUACAAAAGGCACAUGAGGACUCACUCUGAUGAGAAACCCUACAGGUGUGAGGAGUGUGACAAGCAGUUCUUUACACUGAGUGAAAUGAAGAAACACAAGUGGACUCAUACUGGUGAGAAACCCUACAGCUGUCCAUUGUGUGACAGGAAGUUUUUGCAUCAGGGCACUGUGAAGGUACACAUGCAAACUCACACAGCGGAGAAACCCUACAGUUGUAAGGUGUGUGGGAAAAAGUUUGGAGCACAACAAAACCUUAAUAUUCACAUGCAAACUCACACAAAGCCAUACCACUGUGAUGAGUGUGGCAAGCAGUUUGGUGCCUUAGGUAGCCUAAAAAAUCACAUGUUUACCCACACUGGUGAGAAACCUUACAAAUGUGGACUGUGCAGUAAGGAGUUCAUAUCAAUACCUUAUCUAAAGAGACACUUGAAAAUGCACACUGGUGAAAAACCCUACAUGUGUGAAAAGUGUGGACUGUUUUGUAGUAACACGCAGAACCUAAAUCAACACAUGGUGUCCCACACAGAUGAGAAACCCUGCAUGUGUGACAAGUGUGGAAGGCGAUUUAAAACAAAUAAUUACCUAAGGAAACACAUGAAGAUUCACACUGGUGAGAAACCUUACAGCUGUGAAGUUUGCAGCAAGCAGUUCCGUCGAUUGGGUCAUCUACAGCUGCACAUGCGGACUCACACUGGUGAGAAACCGUACCACUGUGAGCAUUGUGGCAAACAGUUUAGUGAUUCCAGUGCUUGUACAAAACACACGAGGAUUCACACUGGGGAGAAACCGUACAAGUGUGAGGAGUGUGGCUGGCAGUUCAAUCAGCUUGAUCAACUAAAGGGCCAUUUGCGGAUUCAUACUGGCGAGAAACCCUACAGUUGUAAAGAAUGCGGACAAAAGUUUCAGGAUGCCGGAUAGGUUUAAAAAGACACAUGUUCAUUCACACUAGUGAUUAUGAGAAACCCCGGCCCCACAAAUGUGAAAAGUGCAACAAAUGCUACAGUUACCACUGUGAACUCAAAAGACACAUGCAGACUCACACUGGGGAGAAACCACACAAAU